AUGGUGGCAAGCCCCGAUGGAAGCAAGGCUUUCAAGCUUUCGGAGACACUCGACCAAACUGCAGCAGGGUUCUCUACAUCCUCCAAGGACAUCAGCAUGAUGAUGUGGGCAUAUGGCAAGCAGCCUUACAGGCACGAGGCUUUGUUUUGCGAGUGCGCAAACUACCUGGGGCAGAGACGCGAACAGCUUGAACCACAAGUGCUGUCAACCACAUCUUGGGCUUUUGCAAGGGCAGAUUUCCGCCAUGAGACCGCACUGAGGUCCGCUGCAAGGCUGUGCACCCAGACAAUGUCGCUGUUCAAAGCUAGUCAGGAUGUCGCUAACUCUGCCUGGGCGCUCGCCAAGCUAGACGUAGACGAUGCCGCGUUCUUCCAGGCCAUGUUUUCCAGAGCUGGCAGUGUGUUGUACAGCGAGGAAUUCAGAGACCACAUGCGCAUAUCGCACAAGAACCGCGUCAAGGACUGGGCACAGGUGUACUAUGCGUACAGAUUUUGCUUGCAUCGUUGCCCUGAAGGCUUGGAAGGCAUCGGUCCGUGCAUACUCCAUGACUUGCGCCUGAUGGGUCAGAUGCGCACUGCAGGCGGGCAGGUAGGAAGGGCGUUCUCGGACAGCUCAGGCCUAAACAACUCCGAGAAGCGUUUGCGCGAGCUCGACAAGCUGAUCGAAGCGAUGGAGCGUGGCGAUGACGAUCUUGCUGGAGGGCCGAUUGAAAUCUCAAGCGAUAGCUUGGAGGCGCUUCCCAUCACCAGUUCGUCUGUUGCCCUGCAAGCAGCAGAGGCCAACGCAAGGCUAAGCCAGGAGAUUUUGGGCCAUCGCCCCUCAGAUGUGCCGCGCGUGGUUCUCCUGAGUUUUUCCCGGAGCCCAGAGCCUUUUCGGAGGGCCUUGCUGGAGGGCCCUGAGCUGGCUGCUGUUCGUGCGGCACUGGAGGAAAGUGGCUACGACGUGCUUCUUGCGUCUGGAGCCAAAUUUUUUGUGCAUCCUGAACAGUAUGAGAGCGUCCUCGAAGCCAUCCAGGAACAGCAGCUGCGAGGGGCAUCACUGAAGUGCUCACGCGUAGUGGUCGCAGAGGACUUGGAGGAGUUGGUCGCAGAGGCCUUGAGAGCUCUGCCCAGCAACCAGCAGGUGGAGCUGCCAAAGCCUCCAAGUCAUGGUAGGCCGGUGGCUUUUGUACUGUCGACCCCUUUCUUGAACUGGGUGAUGAUCUUCCGCCAUCGCGGGGAGCGAUACAAGCUCCAGGUGAUCGUGGCAGGUGCCCUGUUCUUCUUCACCUUCCUCUUUUUUCGCAUCUUUCUGAAUAUCUACGGCACAGUCCUCCUCUUUGUGGACCAGGCACAAGGCCUGGCAAUGCCCCAGCGCGUCCCGCCGUGGCAAACAGCGGUCAUCCUGGUCGCGGUGGCAGCCGGUGCUGGCCUGCAGCUCUUCUGGCUGCCGAAGAUUUGGCGCAUGUUUGGCUUGAGGAUAUGGCAGCUCUUGCUGACUGGCCGAGUGGACACGGGCGGCGACGACGAGGAGGAGGACUCCUACCUCACCGGCAGUGGAACCGACACCGGCCGUGAGAAGUGA